AUGGAUGAAACAAAAAAUACCCCUGAAAAGUCAUCUACUCUAUUAUCUAAUAAUAAAAAUCGUGAUUUCAACGCAACUAUAUCAGUUAAUUCUCAGCUCAAUGCUGAAUCCACAUUUAUAUCUAAUGAAAGUUCUGAAUUACCGAAAAAUUUCAUUGAAAUUCAAAACGAAUAUUCCACACUGAGUAAUACGUUUGAUGAUAUAAAUACUUCUAUGUCUAGAGUAUCUAUACAUGAUACAAGGCCAACAUGUCGUUCAAAUGCAAAUCACUUCCGUCUACAUCCAAGUAAUUCAUAUCAUCAACCAGUACGCCCAACAGUCUACAACCGUCCAAGACCUAUUCUACAUCAACCUGAAACUCAAGCACAAUUAGUUGCUUUCACUCAACCAUUGAUGUCGAUUCGACUACCUCAUCAAGAAUAUCCAACAUGUGAACAGAAUUAUUAUCCAUCAUCAAGACCUUACACGCCAAAUCAAUCACAUGAACAAUCAGCUGUAUCUAUGAAAUAUAAAUCAGAAACGACAACAAAACAACCUGAAUACUAUGUAGACAGUUUCCCAUCGAAUUUUUCUGAUUCAUCAUCUUCAAGUAGUAAUAAUAAAUCAAGAACAAAACAUGUGACUUUUAAAGAGCCAGAAAUGGUCAAUAAUACAUUAACAGCGAAUCCGAAUCAUAGCACUUAUCCAGCACCACCGACUCAUAUUUAUCCACCUUCACGUUCAUCUCAUCGAUACGGUAAUCCUUCAAUGUACAAUCCAUUUUAUGCACAACACUCUAAUACGAUGAUGAAUUCACGAAUGAUGACGCAGUCUCGUGGAGUCAAUAUGAUGUCGACGCCUCACGUAUGGACGCCACGAUCAUAUUAUUUGAAUCCGCAAACAUCCUAUGCUCAGUAUCGCUUUCAAUCAAAACAGCUCUAUGAUCCAAAUAAACCAAAAACAACACCAACACUAUCUGAAUAUCAUAAUUCACCAAAAGUAAUCCGUACAAUCGAACCAAAAGAAAAGAAAAGAACAAAACCAACUAAUGACAUUGAUAACUCGUCUGUACCAACGUCUAAUCCUAUUCCACAUCAAAUAACUAUUCUACGGAAACCGAGUACUGAUCCUGAAGUUUGUACAUCAUCUAUUCCUAUGAUUCCAAUGCCUGUUGAAGAUCGGCCUAUCCUCUCACUCGAAGAAAAAGUUAUUUCAUCUGAAAAAGAGCAAAUAAUUUCUUCAUCGAUUGAAAAUGCCACCGAUACUACAACUACAACUGACAAAAAACAACUAAUAUCUUCAUCUGUUAACAGUUCAUUAGAUGUGAUAGUCAAAGAAGAGCAGAUACAAACACAAUUUAUGUCAAACACUAAUACAUUAUUUUCAAGUCAUGAACUUCUAUCUAUUUUACAAAGUGCAAAUUGCUUAUCUUCUUUAAAUGAAUACGCACAACAGAAGAAAUUUACAAUAGCCUAUGAAUUUUCUACUAUUUUACCAUCAUCGUUUACAUGUAUAAUUUCAAUUGAUACUCGUUCAUUUCCAUCUGCAAUCCAGUGUACAUCUAAGAAUGAAGCUCAAAAAUUAGCAUGUGAUCAAGCUCUACGUAUUCUAUAUCGUGAGUCAUGCAAAAACGAACAAUGUUCCCUUGAAUUUUCUCAUAAACAUGAUUAUAUCGCGCAUCGAUCUAUAUCGGCAUUUCAGGAAUUAAACAUCAAUGAAUUGUUACUUGGUCGAAAAACUCUUGCAUGCAUGUUGAUGAUAACUGAUGGACAAUAUGAACAAGCACGUGUCAUUAGUAUUGCUACAGGAAAUUCUUGUCUUGAUGAAACAAAUCUUAAUUAUGCUGACGAUGGAACAACAUUACAUGAUUGCCAUGCUGAAAUACUUGUACGGCGUGGUCUUAUUAGAUUUUUAUUCGAACAAAUUAAACAAUCAAAAGAUAAUAAUAAAUCCUCUAUUUUUGCAUAUAAUUCAACGAGUAAUAAAUAUGAACUUCAUGAAAAUAUAACAUUUCAUAUGUUUAUAUCAUCGUUACCAUGUGGUAAUGCUUCUUUUAAUAUGUCAUCGAAUUCUCUACGUUAUAAACAAGGUACAAAGGAAGGUACGAUACUGGGUUCAACAAGUUCAAGCAAAUAUUCAAUAAAAUCAUGUAGUGAUAAAAUCUAUCGAUGGAAUAUCUUAGGUAUUCAAGGUGGUCUCCUAAUCAAUAUUCUUACGAAACCAAUAUAUCUUGAUACAAUAACAUUAGCAUGUGAAACAACAUUCGAUCGUAAUUAUGUAAAAUAUUCAUUAUGUCAACGUUUAAGUGAACAUCUAAAUUCAUUACCAUCUCCAUAUGUAUGUAAUUUACCUGAUAUUGAUUGUCCGAAAACAAAAUCAUUUCAACAAGAAAGACAAGUAGCUAAACUUCAAACAAGCGCAUUUGCAUGGAAUCUUACAGUACCUGAUACAAUGGAAUUAUUAGAACCUAUGACUGGAAGAUUGAAAAACGAUCGAUCAAUGUCUUUAUUAAGUAAGCGAAAUCUUUUUGAAGAUUUUACAAAUUUUAUUCAAGCAAAUUUUCGUAACGACAAUUCUUUAUCGUACAAAACUUAUCAACAAGCUAAACAAUUAAAUAAAACUUAUGUUAAAGUAAAAGAUCUUAUUUCAACAGUUUUUCAAACUGAAUCAUCGGAUACCAGUAUACCAUGGUUAAGUAAAAGUGAUCAACUCGAACAAUUUUCAAUGGAAUAA